CAUCGCGGCCCAAAGCCCACGACGAGAGAACCCCUCCUCCUCCCCGCAACAGUCCACCACGCCGUUCCCCAUCUCUCAUCCCCACCCACCAACUCACGGCCACCGCCGACCCGAUCUCCGACCACCGCCGUCAUGUCGUCCGCCGCUGCCCUCCUCCUCCGUCCGACCUCCGCCACGGCCCACCCACUCCUCCACAUGUCCAGCGCAAGCCCCAAUCCCAAGUAUCGGUUCCUCCGCUUCCGGCCCUCUCGCCGCCGCCUGCCCGUCCCCCGCCUCUCCCUCACGCCCACCACCGCCAGCAACAACUCCCCUCCCUCGCCGCCACAUCCGGACGCGUCGCCGGCGCCUCCGGCCCCGCCCACGCCUUCUCUGUUCGCCAAGUGGUCCCCGCCGCGCGCGAUCUGGCGGGGGCUCUCGGCGCUGCUCCUCGCGGGGCAGGUCUUCCACCGCGUCCUCACGGGCCGCGUCCACCGCCGCAACCUCCUGGCCCAGCUCCGACGGGUGGGGCCCGGGAGCGCGGGGGUCGCACUCCUCACUGCCGCCUUCGUCGGCAUGGCCUUCACCAUCCAGUUCGUGCGCGAGUUCACCCGCCUCGGCCUCCACCGCUCCGUCGGCGGCGUCCUCGCCCUCGCGCUCGCGCGCGAACUCUCGCCGGUCGUCACGGCCGUCGUCGCCGCCGGCCGCGUCGGCUCCGCCUUCGCCGCCGAGCUCGGCACCAUGCAGGUGUCCGAGCAGACCGACACUCUCCGCGUCCUUGGCGCGCAGCCCGUCGACUACCUCGUGGUCCCCCGUGUCCUCGCCUGCGUCCUUGCGCUCCCCGUCCUGACCUUGAUCAGCUUCGCGCUGGGUCUCGCCUCCUCGGCAUUCUUGGCCGACUCCGUCUUCGGCGUCAGCGUCAGCGUCAUUUUGGAGUCAGCGCGCAGGGCGCUGCGGCCGUGGGACUUAAUCAGCUCCUUGCUGAAAUCUCAGGUGUUUGGUGCCAUUAUCGCAGUGGUGAGCUGUGCCUGGGGAGUCACAACCCAUGGAGGAGCCAAGGGCGUUGGCGAGUCCACAACAUCUGCAGUGGUCGUAUCUUUGGUUGGGAUCUUCAUUGCAGACUUUGCUCUCUCUUGCCUGUUCUUCCAGGGUGCUGGUGAUUCACUCAAGUAUGCAAUGGGUUGAGGCAGGGCACUGCUGAGGAAAUUUUUGCUUCCUAGGAGCGUAGUUUAGUCUUGUACAUUAACAAGAAUGGUGCAGUGGAUUCAAAGAGGCGAACAUUGCAUCAUCAGCCACUCUCCAGUCUCCAGAUGUUUCAGGCGCACCUUUCUUCUUUGAUUUGCACGGCAUAACGAGGUGGCCAGAGCCCGGAGCUCGGCGGCCCUGCGUCUGCGGUGCAUGAGGCCGAGGGGAGUGGUGAUUGACAAGAGGAAGGGGCACACCGUUUGUUGCAUUUUCGUAUAUUGGUGGUGUAGAAAUCAUCGUCCGCGAAAUUAGGGACUAAAAUGUAACUUUGGUGCAAGUUUAGGGACCAUGGUCCAGUUCUAUCUUAUUCAUAUCUCGUACAUUUUCGGUACAAAGUUCAAUAAAACAAAUUGCAAUGUA